AUGGCUCAAGCCCCUUCUGCUCCUCCAAUGCCUCCAGCGAUGGGUGGUACUUCUGAUGAUCAUGGUUCUUUUCAGGGGGUACCUCAUGCUGCUCCUGCAAAGCCUCAAAAGGAUGCAGGUGUAACGAGAGUUUUGUCAACGAAUACUGUGGGUUUAAUCAAAGCAUGGGAAGAAAGAGAGAAGGCUAAACUGGAAAACAAGGCAAAUAAAAGGUUAUCUAAUGUUGGAACGUGGGAACGAAGCAAGCAAGCAGGUAUUGAAGCGCAACAAAGGAAGUAUGAGGAGAAACUAGAAAAGAAGAAGGCAUUGUACUUUGAGAAGAUGCAAAACAAAAUAGCUGAAGUCCAUAAGGAAGCAGAAGAGAAGAGGAUGAUGGUUCAAGCUGCAAAAAAGGAAGAAUGCCAGAAGCCCAAGUUGGACCCUUUGGACCAAAUGGAGCUCAAGUUUGGUCGCAUGAUCGGUGAAGACCCCAAACUCACACUUGCCAAGAUAUUGGGUAGGAAAGCAAACCCAGAAGCUAGUUAUAUGGAUAUUGAGAAGAGCUUUUACAAGAACAAGGGUAAGAUAGUUGAGAUAAAGGAGGUACCUUUUGGUGUGCCCAAGAAUGCUGAGAAAGUUAAGUCAUCUCCCUUGGAUGGUUUGAAUUUGGCUCGGCCGGUGCCGAAAAAAGGAGUUAAAUUUGAGGUUGAUGAUAAGCCUAGAGGGUCUGAGGUUAAGAAGUUGAGUCGACCUGUUGCGCCAAAGGGUGUGGAUGGUAGUAAAGGUAGUGUUCCUAAUGUGAUUUUGAGGAAACCGAGUUUGUUUAGUGAGGAUGAUGUUGAGGAUACGCGGUCGAGGCUGAGGAUUAAACCGAAUUUGUCAUUGAAGAUGAGGAUUGAGCAGCCUAAGGAGAAGUUUAGUGAUAUGACAUUGUUGAGAAAGCCCGAGCCAGUGAUUGUUGAUGAAGAUAGUGAAAAGAAACAAGAUGAAUCGUCUAGUAGUGUAGGUAGGAAUGGUGUUGGUGAUAUGACAUUGUUGAGAAAACCCGAGGCAGAGAGUAUUAAUGGAAGUAUUGGAAAGAUACAAGAGCAAUCUAGUAGUGUAGAUAUGAGUGUUAUUGGUGAUGCAGAAAUGGAGAUGUUGAGUGAAGAAGUCAAUAAUGAAGUUAGUGGUUUCACUCUAUUGGAAAAGCCCAAAGCAUUAAGUAUGGAAAAAAAUAUUGAAAGUGAUAAUGAGGAAUUUGAGCAAGAAGAGUCUAGUGUUAUUGUAGAUACUGAUGGCUUCAAGGAUCUAUCUGAAGUUGCUGCAACGAGCGAUCUAAGAAGACCCAGUCUCGAGGAAUCCAGGGAUGGUUUACUUGCAAAGAUUCCCAGUCAAACAGAUGAUUACCCUAUAGGAUUACAGCCACAUAAGCAGAGCACUAUGGCGUCCAGUAAGGAGGUCAUUGAUGAGGAUGAAAUGUCUAGUACAAGUUCACCUGAUUCUAAUGUUGAACUUUAUGUAGAUGCUGCGCUACAAGGAAAACCAAAACGGUUGGACCAACCUGUGAAAAAAGCAUCUGUGAAUGCAGAAAGCAUUGCUGCUGAGCUUGAGAAUCCCCUCUCUACAUCUCCCAGUGGACAUGAAGAUGCUGAUUGGAUUGCAGCUGAAGAAUUGGUUAAGACUGGAAAUAGGGGAGAUGUAGAAGUUAUAAGUGCCAGCACCAGAGGUUUUGUUGUAUCUUUUCGCUCUUUAGUAGGAUUUCUGCCAUACCGUAAUCUGGCUUUCAAGUGGAAAUUCUUAGCUUUUGAGUCAUGGUUAAGACGAAAGGGUUUAGAUCCGUCCUUGUACAGGCGAAAUCUUGGAAUUAUUGGAAGCUAUGAUGUCACAAACAAGAUUAAUCCAAGCCUAGAAAAUGAUGAUAUUGUUAUUAAAAAUGAGGGAGAAGUUACACCGGAUAUGACACUGGAAGAACUUCUUGGGAUAUAUGACCAAGAGAAAAUCAAAUUCUUGUCAUCAUUUAUUGGCCAGAAAAUCAAAGUAAAUGUGGUAUUGGCCAACAAAAAUUCUGGGAAACUUGUAUUUUCAGUGAAGCCAAAAGAGAAGGAAGAGUCAAUUCAGAGAAAAAGAAGUCUCAUGGCAAAACUUCAAGUUGGUGAUGUCGUGAAAUGCUGCAUCAAGAAAAUUACUUAUUUUGGUGUUUUUGUUGAGGUCGAAGGAGUGCCUGCACUAAUCCAUCAGUCAGAAAUUUCUUGGGAUGCCACUGUGGAUCCUUCUUCUUACUUUAAAGUUGGUCAGAUUCUCGAGGCAAAAGUUUACCAACUGGAUUUUGCACUUGAGCGUAUCUUCUUGUCAUUGAAGGAGAUUAUGCCAGAUCCAUUGAUGGAGACCUUGGAGUCAGUGGUUGGUGAUAAUCAGACCCUGGAUGGGAGAUUAAAGGCAGCAGAAGCAGAUACUGAGUGGGACGAUGUAGAAUCUCUUAUUAAAGAGCUGGAACAGACUGAAGGAAUCCAGUCUGUAUCAAAAGGUCGUUUUUUCUUGAGCCCAGGAUUAGCUCCAACAUUUCAGGUUUAUAUGGCAUCCAUGUUUGAGAAUCAGUACAAGUUACUUGCUCGGUCUGAAAAUAAAGUUCAGGAGGUAAUAGUUCAAACAUCACUGGACAAAGAAGAGAUGAAAUCUGUGAUUCUAAGAUGUACCAGCAGAGUAGGCUAGUCCUUUUCUACACCGUAAACUUGAAGAGUAUCACCAGAAAUUUUUGUAAAUG